CUGGGAAGACGGCCCUCAGCUCGCGCCGCAGCGUUAAAACCUUAAAACCCCCGAAGACCAAAAGUGGCGGAAAGCAAAGGCUUAAACCCUCAGGAACCCUAGGAGUUGCAGAGAAGCUCCCGCGACGUCAAUGGCGGAUCGCCGCUCGAGUCCCGACGGAAUGCCGCGCGCGGCUCCGCGUUCGGCCGCCGCGAAUCAUCACCACCAGUUCUUCGUAUGGAGGGAGUUCUUGUGGGGUGCUGUUGCUGGGGCUUUUGGCGAAGGAAUGAUGCACCCUGUUGAUACGGUCAAGACACGGAUUCAAAGUCAGGCGAUUCUCAGUGGGAGUCAGAAUCAAAAGAGUGUACUACAGAUGGUCCGUACAGUGUGGUCUGCAGACGGAUUAAGGGGGUUUUAUAGAGGUAUAGCACCUGGAGUUACUGGAUCAAUUGCAACUGGAGCAACGUAUUUUGGUUUCAUAGAAUCCACCAAGAAGUGGAUUGAAGAAUCAAAUCCUGAUCUUGGGGGGCACUGGUCUCAUUUUUUUGCUGGGGCAUUUGGAGAUACCCUGGGUUCUUUUGUAUACGUUCCUUGUGAAGUGAUGAAGCAGCGUAUGCAGGUCCAAGGCACCAAAUCGUCAUGGAGAUCAGUGGUCCAGAAAGAUAGAGUUACCUUGAAAUCUAAUGCCCCUAUGUAUGGCUAUUAUAAUGGAAUGUUUCAGGCUGCCUUUUCAAUAUGGAAGGAGCAGGGAUUGAGGGGACUUUAUGCGGGAUACUGGUCCACACUUGCUAGGGAUGUUCCACUUGCCGGUCUUCUGGUCAUGUUUUAUGAAGCACUUAAAGAGAUGACGGAGUAUGGCAAGCAGAUGUGGGUAUCAGAAUCAAAUCUCCAUCUUAGCAGUUCAGUGGAAGGAUUUAUAUUAGGUGGAUUAGCUGGUGGUUUUAGUGCUUAUCUUACUACUCCUUUGGAUGUCGUCAAGACGAGGUUGCAAGUGCAAGGAUCAGCGACGAGGUACAAUGGUUGGUUUGAUGCAAUUCAUACCAUAUGGCGGGUAGAAGGUGCAAAGGGAAUGUUCCGAGGGAGCGUGCCAAGGAUUACAUGGUACAUUCCAGCCGCCGCACUCAUGUUUAUGGCUGUUGAAUUUCUGAGAGACAAUUUUAAUGAAGAGCUGGACAACAAUAACGCCCAAGAAGUUUCCACUCUGUCGAUAGACAAAACUGGGUCUUUACCAGAAGUGGCUUAGUGACCAUGAAUCUUCAAUCUCCCAUACUGAUUUUCAUGGUGGAGAUGGGGCAUUGUGUUUUACCAUAUCCUUCCAUUUUUAAAGAUCCACGAAGUGUGGAGAUAGAGCUAGAAAAACUGAAAGACCGACGCCCUCGCUGUCACCUUUGGUGGAAGGUCGAAUUUCUCGAGUGUCGCGCGAGACCUCGUAGAGGCAAAGAACAGUGAGGGAGAAAUUUUUUCGACCGAAGGGCUUGCCCGAGCUGAAUACUCUCAUAGGGAUGUCGCAAAACCAUUAGAAUCUCUUUAGCGAAAGAUUCAUUUGUAAAAGUGUCUCCUCUGUAAGAAAAUUAUCCAGAGUUGAUGAGCCGAUUGGACCUAUAUACUAGAACUAGUAUGAUGU